GGCAGCAUGGCAGCGGCGGCGGCGCCCGGCGUGGCGCCGGUUCGAGCCCGGUUCCUCACCUCCAAAGAGCAGUUCCACGCCUACCUGCGGGCAGGGGGCGAGGAGGAAGAGGAGGAGGAGGAAAAGGAGGAGAAGGAAGAGGAGCAGGUCAGCAGCGCCCAGAGUGAGCCCCCAGCCAAGAGAGUGAAGGCAGAGGAGCUCGGCCGGGAUGGGGAAAGCCAAGGGAAGGCUGGGGAGGAGGAGAAGGAGCGCCCGGAGAAGAAGAGAGCCCGGGGGCAGAACAAGAGCCGCCCGUGCAUGAAACCCAACUGCUACGAGCAGAGCAGGCUGUGCCCCUCGGUGACACAGGGCUGUGGUGGGCAGUGCCACUUUGGGCCACGCUGCCGCUUCCUCCACGACGUGUCCGAGUACCUGGCGGCGAAACCAGCAGACCUGGGCCAGCGCUGCGUCCUCUUCGACACCUUCGGCCGCUGUCCCUACGGUGUCACCUGUCGCUUUGGCCAGGCCCACCUUGGGGACGGCCACCAGAACCUGGUCAACACCGCCCUGGCCCAGCAGUGGGAAGGGAAGCUGCUGGUGAGGAACGGCCUCUCCAAGGAGCUCCAGCAGCAGCUGCGCAAGAGGAAAUUCACCUUCCAGAAGGCCGAGGAGUUUCUCCGUGGGCUCCACGGUGGGAAGGGAGGCAAAGCCACAGGGGGCUCCACAGAGGUGUCCAACUGCACUGCACCCCAGGAGGGCCUGGGAGACAGCCCUGUGCUGCAGGACCAGGGAGAAGAUCCCAAACCAGGAGAUCUGGAGGGCUCCCGAGGGGCUGAGGGUGCUCCUGAACCAGAGGCCCUGCAGGGCUCCCAAGGGGCUGAGGGUGCUCCUGAACCAGAGGCCCUACAGGGCUCCCAAGGGGCUGAGGGUGCUCCCUCCAUCCCAACCCUGGGCCCUCUGACAGAUGAAGACAUCACGAAGCUGCGGCCGUGUGAGAAGAAGAAGCUGGAAAUCCAAGGAAAGCUCUACCUGGCUCCACUGACCACGUGUGGAAACCUCCCUUUCCGCCGGAUCUGCAAACGUUUUGGAGCCGAUGUCACCUGUGGGGAGAUGGCUGUGUGCACCAACCUGCUCCAGGGCCAGUCCUCCGAGUGGGCUCUGCUCAAGCGCCACCACACCGAGGACAUCUUCGGGGUGCAGCUGGAGGGAGCCUUUCCAGACACCAUGACCAAGUGUGCAGAGCUCCUGAACAGGACAAUCGAUGUGGAUUUUGUGGACAUCAACGUCGGGUGUCCCAUUGACCUGGUCUACAAGAAGGGAGGAGGCUGUGCUCUGAUGACUCGCUCCAACAAGUUCGAGCAGAUCGUCCGCGGGAUGAACUCGGUGCUGGAUGUGCCACUGACGGUGAAGAUCCGGACUGGGGUACAGGAAAAGGUUAAUGUGGCUCACAAAAUCAUCCCCAGGAUCCGGGAGUGGGGAGCCUCCAUGGUCACGCUGCACGGGCGAUCCCGGGAGCAGAGGUACACCCGCAGCGCAGACUGGGGAUACAUCGCCGAGUGCGCCCGCAUCGCCAGCCCCAUGCCUCUCUUCGGAAACGGGGAUAUUUUGUCCUACGAAGAUGCAAACCGAGCCAUGCAGAUGGGAGUUUCUGGAAUCAUGAUUGCAAGAGGGGCACUCAUCAAACCCUGGCUUUUCACGGAAAUCAAGGAGCAGAGACACUGGGAUAUCUCCUCCAGCGAGAGAUUUGACAUCCUCAAGGACUUCACCAACUACGGCCUCGAGCACUGGGGGUCAGACACUCAGGGAGUGGAGAAAACCAGGAAAUUCCUGCUGGAAUGGCUCUCCUUCCUAUGCAGGUACAUUCCAGUUGGAUUAUUGGAGUAUCUACCUCAAAGAAUCAAUGAGAGACCGCCUUAUUACCUGGGGAGGGACUACCUGGAGACCCUCAUGGCCAGCCAAAAUGUGGAUGAUUGGAUCAAAAUCAGUGAGCUGCUCCUGGGCCCUGUCCCGCCCAGCUUCACCUUCCUGCCGAAACACAAGGCCAAUUCCUACAGGUAGGGCUGGCCAGGCCCUGUCCUGCAGCGUCGGGAGGGGCCGUGAGCGGGAGCAGGGCUCCUCGGCUGCGCUGGCACCUGGAAUAAAGCUGUUGUUUUUACAAACCGGUGAGUUUUUUGCCUUCCUGCCCCACAUGGGUCCUGGCAGAUAAACACCCCGUUAGUGAGGGGAUCUUUGCCUCCAGUUCACAGCCAGAGCUGCCCCACAUGGCUGAGAAAGAGCCCUCAGUUCCCACACCACGUCCUUGGGAUGACAAACCCCCAGGACGAGGAGCAGCAACGUCCCCACAAGCAAGGUGACACGGAGCUGAUGUUCAAGCUCCCAAAGAGAAGCUUCUCAAAGAAUCCUCAAGGCUCUGGGGACAGCCUGGAGGGUCUCAGCAGCAUCCCCACACCUGCGAGAUCCCAAUGGCACCAGCAGAGUGGGGAGAGUGGUGGUGACAUCCAUCAUAGCCACCUCCACAGGGACAUCCCCAGGCAACAACAGCUCCCCAGCCACGCUGCUGCCCCAAAACCAAGGGCCAGGGACGGGGCAGGGCUGGGGCACCGCGGGGAUCCCUGCACCGUCCCCAUCUCGCCCCACCGCAAGCCCCUGGACGAGCUGCUGCCUCGGUAGGUGUCAUGGCGGCCUCCUGUGCCUCGGUAGGUGUCAUGGCGGCCUCCUGUGCCUCGGUAGGUGUCAUGGCGCCCCCCGGUGCCUCGGUAGGUGUCAUGGCGGAGGCAGGAAGCGGAAGUCGUUGUUGUCACGUGACACACGCCCUGUUCCGCGUGUAACGCCCGGUAGUGGCGGGGGGGCACGGGGGGAACCGGGAGGAACUGGAGGCACCGGGAACCGGGCUGGUGUCCUGGGAGGGGCGCUGGGGACCCA